CCAUGGUUAAGUUAGACUGACCACGGUUAGAUCUGGUGUUUAUAUUCAACACCCGCUUAUCUUCUCCACCAUACCAGUCUGCGUGAAGAGAUAGAAAGAGAAAGAAAAAGACAAAACAAAAAAAAACAAAAAAUGUUAACGGUGAUGAUUAACAAUGGAGGAGAAACAAAUCGAUCAUAUUCUUCCCUUCCAUGGAACCUUCUAGAUGAGUCCACGUUCAGUCCAUUCCCCGGCUGCGGCGGCGCUUCUUUCAACUAUUACGGCAAUGGCGACAUUAUUCUCAAAAACCAGAAUGAAGAUCAAAACGGAAUCGACGAAUUUGACAUCUCGAUUGACGAGUUCUCAACAGAUCGUUUCAGAAUGUACGAGUAUAAAGUGAAGAAAUGCGUUCGAGGUCGUUCACAUGAUUGGACUGACUGUCCGUUUGCUCAUCCGGGUGAGAAAGCCCGUCGUCGCGAUCCGACCAAGCACAAUUAUUCCGGUUCGAUCUGUCCUGAAUUCCGAAAGGGAAAUUGCAGGAAAGGCGACGGUUGCGAGUUUUCCCACGGAGUAUUUGAGUGUUGGCUACACCCAUCUCGAUAUCGUACGCAACCAUGUAAGGAUGGUAUCCAUUGCCGUCGCCCUGUUUGCUUCUUCGCUCAUACGCCGGAGCAACUCCGCGUUGUUGAAUCUGUAGGAAGCCCGAAACUGAACGAUCCGUACGACGUAUUUCUCGAGUCACCGCCCAUCUCUCCGGUGCAAUUCAAAUUAGUGAACGAAAUUGCCGCUUCGAUCAGGAACCUGCAUCUUAGCCCGUCUUUCAAAAUGGGAAGUGGUAGAUUUUCGCCGAGAAGUUCGCCGGCGGCGGCUCUGCAACGUGGGUUUUCAAGCUCGCCUUGUACUCUCUCGAGUCGGUAUGGGGUCGGCGGCAUGUACGACUCGUGGGAGACGACGGAGGCGAUGGAGAGGGUGGAAUCGGGGAAAAGUCUCCGGGAAAAAAUGUACGCUAGACUGAGUAUGGAAAACCCGCUGAACCAAGUGGAGCCGGACGUCGGAUGGGUUUCUGACCUAUUGGGUUGACUUGAAAUGAUGAAAGGUAACCUCGGACUCGGGUCGAUCGGUCGGGUGGGUGGGACCCAUGAUCGGAUCCUUCCUAUUUGUUUAAAUAAAUAAACUUUUAUUUGAUUUGUAAA